CGGGCAUGGCUUGGCUCGCGGCCGGGCCUUGGGUCGGGCCGGCCCCUCCGCCGGCGCCCCCCCAGCCUUGCGCCCCCUUCGGCGGGCGCUGCCUGGUUGGGUGGGCAGUCAGUGUGGCGCCCGGCUGGUGCUUGGGAUGCAUGGGCGCCGCUAAUAUUUUGGCGCAGGCCGUUGCCUGCGCAGGUGUGCGCAUCUGCCAUGGGCAGCUUAAUGAGCUGACCGCGCAUGUAGUUGUUGGGGCCGUGUGUGGCCCGCCGGGCCGCCCCCGGAAGCAGGGAUCCGCCGACGCCCGAUAUUUGACGGCAGGGGCCAUCUGCAUAUGCCCACCCCCGGGCGCCAGUUCCCAUUCACGGAAACAAGCCUGGGAGGACCGGCGGCCCGGCAUGCUGACUCAAAACCAAGGCUACUCUGCUGCACCACUGGCCAGGGCAAAACAAAAUUGGGGCCGACGCCCUGCCCGGAACUUCCUCUUCGGGUCUGUCAGCCCCGCAUGUUGGGCGUGCUCCACAUCGCGAGGCAUUUAGUUGGGUUGGUCGAAGGUUACCGACUAAGUUCAGA